GGCAAGCACACCUGAGAGAUAGGAGGGAAAGCAGGGAGGAGAGGAGCCCAGGCCCACAGCCCUAUAAAUGCACAGCUCAUCUGCAGCAAACACCCUGCACCCUCACCCUGAACCUCUGGAUCGCUCUUCUGCAUCCAAGACCAGCACAAUGACCUCAUCAGCCUGUCCCAAACCCCACGGUCAAGAGUGGCCCACCAGCUCAGACCAUCCUCCCUGGAGCAGCUCUUCCUCAAACAACAUGCCAUCUCUGUUUCUAGGGACAGCGAUUCAGUGACACGGCCUGAGCAGCAAAGCCACAGGAUGAGGUCCCAGACAGCAGACCCAAAGAACGGCAGCACAGUGACUGACUUCAUCCUCGUGGGCUUUGAGCAGAGCUCCCCUUCCACACGGGCAUUGCUCUUCACCCUCUUCCUGGCUCUCUACAGCCUCGCCAUGGCCAUGAAUGGCCUCAUCAUCUUCAUCACAUGGACUGACCCCAGGCUCAACAGCCCCAUGUACUUCUUCCUUGGACACCUGUCUUUCCUGGACGUCUGCUUCAUCACCACCACCAUCCCGCAGAUGUUGGUCCAUCUGGUGACCAAGAACCACACUGUCUCCUUUGUCUCUUGCAUGACCCAGAUGUACUUGGUCUUUCUAGUGGGUGUGGCCGAGUGCAUCCUCUUGGCUUUCAUGGCCUAUGAUCGUUAUGUUGCCAUCUGCCACCCACUGAACUAUACCCAGAUCAUGAGCCAGAAGGUGUGUGUCAGGCUGGUGUGUUCUUCCUGGAUCUUUGGGAUGGUCAAUGGUAUCUUUCUUGAGUAUAUAUCAUUCAGGAAUCCCUUCUGCAAAGACAACCACAUAGAGAACUUCUUCUGUGAGGCUCCCAUAGUGAUCGCUCUCUCCUGCGGGGACCUCAAGUUCACCAUGAAGUUGAUCUUUGUGGAUGCCAUUGUGGUGUUGCUCAGUCCCAUGGUGCUCAUCAUCACCUCCUAUGCCCGCAUCCUGGCCUCCAUUCUCCGCAGGGCCUCCUCCUCAAGCCAUAGGAAGACCUUUUCUACUUGUGCCUCCCACCUGACUGUGGUCAUCUUUUUGUACACCUCAGCCAUGUUUUCUUACAUGAAUCCCCGCAGUACACAUGGGCCUGACAAAGAUAAGUCUUUCUCCCUCCUCUAUACCAUCAUCAUGCCCAUGUGCAACCCCGUCAUCUACAGCUUCCGCAACAAGGAAAUGAAGGGGGCCAUGGGGCGGGCUCUUGGGAGAGGCAGCCUGGCUUAGGCAGGAUCUGCCCAGAGGAGGGUGUCUGGAGAAGUUUCCUCAGUGGGGAGAAGGCUGCUUUUCUCAGCACCUCGCUUUUCAAUUCUGGAGAAGCUCUAGAAAGGAACAUUUGUAAUAGCCUUGCCACUAGACUGACCUAGAAGUUCUUCCUGAUGUCUAAGGCUCAUUUCUGACUUUAUUUCCAGAAUUGUUUUUCCCAUGAAUUUUCCUUAAGGAGGCAUGAGGCUUUCCUGAAUAGUUCCUCUGUGUUCCGCAAGAGUCUAUGAGUAUUUAACUCUAUCUUGUCUGUAUAAUUCUUUUACAUACCAUCCCCUGGGGGAACUUUUUGCACAUACAUUAAGGAAUAAGUGACUUUCCAAUCUUUUAAUCUGCCAUAUUAGACUUGGUAUUGGAAACAAAGCAGGCAUGUAGAUUACUGGAAUUGAUUAGAGGGCCCUGGUAGAAUUCUGUGUAACUUCAGCCAUCUGAGCUUUGACAGAUGCCUUGGUAGUGCAUGUCACCAACUACACAGGAUCUACAGGUACCUGGGAAGCAAGCCUCCAGCAUACUUCUGAGGGAUUAUUUAACCUCUGAUCAGGCCCAUGAAGAAUUAUGUUGAUUAAGUGAACUGAGGUUGGGAAAUCCACACUACAAGUAGGCAGGACCAUUCCUGGUUCUGUAUAAAACCCAGCAAGCUAGCAGAGUAAGGUCAGUCAUCCACUGUUUCCUGUGUGUAGAUACAUGCUCAGCUGCUUCAAGCUCCUGCCACUUUAUCUUCUCUGCCAGAAUGGACAGUUUGCUCUUCAACUGUAAACUGCAAUAAACUCCUUUUCUUUUAU